UGCAGAGUUCAAGAUAAAAGCACAGAGGUGCUCUUGUCCCAGCUAAACCCUGGAACGUCUCUUUUCUUGGCUGGAGAGAGAACUUUUCUUAGAAAAUUGGAAGGAGCUGCUUACAUUAACAGCACAGUCUAUUGGAUCUGAGUCCUUUGUGUUCCACCUGCUGCCUUAUCGUGUGCUUGCGACACACACACAGACACGCACACACACACAUACACACACGUGGAAGAACAAGUGGAUGUGUGUGUGUGUGUGUGUUUGUGUGUCUGUGUCUCUGGGAGCACAGCUGAAAGGAAGAGGAGCAGCAUUUACAAAUAUCAGUUUUUGUCUGCGUGGAUACAUAACAUCACGAGAGAUGACUCUGCAACAUUUCAGUGACGCAAUACAACAACAAAAACAUCAUAAUGGGGUGUCUCAGCAAACUGCUGCCCCACGCCUCCUAUAGAAACAUGACUGACACCAUGUUUGGCAACGGAAACGACCAGUGGGUGUGCCCCAAUGACCGACAGCUAGCCCUGAGAGCUAAGCUGCACACGGGCUGGUCGGUGCACACGUUCCAGACGGAGAAGCAGAGGAGGCGCCAGGUGCUGAGCGAGAGGGAGCUGGACACCAUCCUGAGCGUCAUCCAGCGAGCCGAACAGCUGGAUCUGGUCGAGCAGCAGAGGAUCGGGCGUCUAGUGGAGCGUCUGCAGAACAUGCAGACGGCUGCGCUGGGGAACGGGCUGUCCCAGUGUCUGCUGUGCGGGGAAGCUCUGGGCCUGCUGGGAACUCCUUCCGUCUUCUGCCUGGACUGCUGCAAGAAAGUGUGCACCAAGUGUGGGAUAGAGACACCAUGCAGUCAAAAGAGAACCCAGUGGCUGUGCAAGAUCUGCAGUGAGCAGAGAGAGGUGUGGAAGCGUUCGGGGGCCUGGUUCUACAAAGCGUUGCCGAGGUACAUUCGUCCAGUGAAAGAUUCACUGUCAGACAUCAGGAGGCCAGUGGCAGCGAGAGAAGAGCAACCAGUGGCCAGAAGUCUGCCCGCCACCUACACGUGGGCCCAUAGCAAAGUUGACUCUAGUGAGAGUGAUGUGAGUGACUCAGAACUCAGUGAAGCCAGUAGCAACAGAAAGACCUUCAUACCCGGGAGCAUCAAAAGGCGUCACUCAGCUUUGUCGGAGUCCAGCGGCAGCGUGACCCUCGCUGCCCCCCAGUUGCCCCUCCCCAGCCCGUCCCGCACCAGCCUCCUGUCCGACAGCCCCUCCAGCCUGGGGAGCGGGAGCAGACGGAGCAGCUCUGCCCUCGCCCCGGACGACCAGGACGCGGAGCGCGGCCGCCCGUCGUCGAAUCUCUGCACUGGAGCUGGGUGUCUGGCCUUCUUGGGAUGGGUUAGCCUCCUCAGCCAAGGUGCACAACUUGCAUCAAAUCAACAACACUGUGCAUGUGGGACACUCCCGGGAGGCAGUAAUCCCUUGCCGAGACCUUUAUGUAGAGAUGAAAGGUUUUCCACACAAACAAUGAUGUGAAAAAACCUCCACAUUACACGCACAACUCCAGAUUACACACACACUUCCAGAUUACACACACAUUGUUUGAAGCCCACUCCUGUUCCUCUGCAUCUCUUCCGAGGAAGUGGAAAAAAGGGAGUGAGAGAGUGGCAGAGAGAGAAAGGAAAUGCAGCAGGAAGAGGGAGAGUCUGUUUUUGUUAGGGUUGAAGGUUGCGUUUGAUGUGUCAUUGUUUUGCACACAGCUACAAGCAUUGCUUCACCACCAUUAGCCAUGCAUUAGAUCCAGUGCACUUCCUGCGCACUGGCAGAAAGACCGGUAUUGUUUUCAUGAUUUUUGUAGCCAUAUGGGCUAUGGCAUUAAUAAAUAUAAUAAAUCUUUAUUUAUCUUUUUGAAAAUGCACUUAACGAUGCCAGUCAAAUUGUGUUAAA